AUGGGGUUGGUGUGUUGCAGUUCGGCCUUUUCCGCCCCGGAAUGCGACGGAGUUGGGCUUUGAGGCGGUGCGUUUCGGAGGCUCCGUUCCCUGGGAAGCGGUGGCUGGUGGCCGGCCUAGGGAACCACGGAAUGCCGGGCACCCGGCACAGCGUGGGCAUGGCGGUGGUGGGACAAAUAGCGCGGCGACUGGGAGUGGCGGAGAGCUGGGCUCCUGACUCAAGGUGUGCUGCCGACCUCGCCCUGGCCCCUCUUGGGGAUGCCCAGCUGGUACUGCUCCGGCCGCGGCGCCUCAUGAACGUCAACGGGCGCAGCGUUGCCCAAGCUGCGGAGUUGUUUGGGCUGGCUGCGGAGGAGAUCUAUCUGGUGCACGAUGAACUGGACAAGCCCCUGGGAAAGCUAGCUCUGAAGCUGGGGGGCAGCGCAAGGGGCCACAAUGGCGUCCGGUCCUGCAUUAGCUGUCUGAAGUCCAGUGCAAUGCCAAGGCUGCGGGUGGGCAUCGGGCGCCCCACACACCCUAAUAUGGUGGAGGCUCAUGUCCUGGGAUGCUUCUCCCCAGAGGAGCAGGAGCUACUGUCCCCAUUGCUGGAUCAGGCCACUGACCUGCUCCUGGACCACAUCCGUGCUCGAAGCCUCGGGCUCUGACCACAGUAGACACGACUGCCUGCCUGCCCGUGCCCUGAAGCCCGGAAAGGGCCACACAACUGCCAUGACACAUGUGGUACCCACUGUUUAUGUAACUUGUCUGGGUUGCCCAGGGCCACUUGCAGAUUCAAGGAAGGUCUGUGGCCACAACAGUCUGUUUCUGCGGUGACUUGGUCUCUCCAUGUGCUACUUGUGGUAUAGGAAACGUCUAGGAAGGUUAAACUUUCUGAACUUUUUGAGAGCGACAGAUGAGUAGAUCUGCAAGAUUAAAAGAUGCUGGCUUGAAAUCUGAAGCCUCCUGUGGGGGGAGCCUCUAAUUUCUUGCCAGUGGGGUGGGGACAAAAGGGUCUGACAGACCCUCUUUUCAGGGGAUGGGUAGAUAUUGGUUAGCCUUAGGCCAUUUUACAGGUGGGGAGGAUCAGAUAGAUCCUACGCUAUCCCUGAGGCCACCCAACUACAGCCUGGCAGAACUAAGGCUAGCUGUCAGCCUGCUGUCCCCAGGGUCCCUUGCACCCCUACCUCAUUAGUGUUCUGUAACUGGCAGAUCCCCAUUCGGGCAGCGAAUGAGAGAGACCUGACAUCCUGAGGGUUGGGUGGGAUGCGGACCUGGCGAGGCACCAGCCCUAGGUCCCCUGGAUGGUAGGUUGUAAUGGCGGAGAGCUGCUGCAGCAGAGAAGCAGCCGCUGUCUUGGACGCCUUGGUGCUGUGGAGAGGGACCAGGGGUCAUCCCCUCCAUUUCCGCAAGAGGAGGUGUAGGGUCUGCGGAGGCGCCCACAGGGCUGACUCCUCACCUCUCUUUGGAGGGGACCUGGGGCUGCUUCUCCCGGUGGGAAGUGAAGUCUAACUGUGACUUUGACACCACAGCCCUGCUGAGCAGGGCCAGCAGCUGCUGCAGGAGCUCCUUGUGCUGCAGCUGGAGCACCACAUCGAACUCCCCAUCCUCCGAGUCUGUUCGGAUCUGUCAGUGCGAGGUGGGCUAAAUACCACAGCGGCCCAGACACCCACCCGCCUCCAUGCCCGAUGUUCCAAGCCAGCGUUCCUGGUCUGUGGACAAACCAUCAGGCUAGGGGCUCUCUAGAGCCCCAGAAGAGGAAUUCAGCUCUUUGGAGAUAUGAAAGGAAUCUCUUCUGUUCUUUCUUCUGCCCGCCUACUGCUGCCUCCCGUGUGCUAGGAUUAAAGUUCUGGUUGUCCUGGAAUUCACUGUGUCGACCAGGCUGGCGUCCAAGCCUGACUCUGCCUCUUCAGUGGUGGGACCAAAGGAGGCAUGCAUUUGCUGAGACUCCCCAACAUCACAGACAAGGAAACUGAGGCUCAAGGAGAGAAAACUAGAGAGUGACAAGACCAGAACUUGAACCCAAGUCAAUCAGACCUGGAAGCUGAGGCUCUUACCCACAAUGCCUGUCUCCACAGCCAGCCCACUCAGCUGGUCAAGCCCUUCCUCUGUAUCUCAGGACCUAAGAGUUUGGUAAACAUUAAGCACCCAAUAA